AUGGAGAACUGCAGGUCCUAUGAGGAAGGAUACUACUACUCGCAGAACUCCAUCCCUUAUGAACAGGAUUUCUACUUGAGGGAUGAAGAAAACUUCGUUGAAGCUUUUAAUCCAGGAAUCAUGCUAUCUUUUGUAUGUACCUGCUGCGACAAUGGAGUCUCGAACGAAGCCCCCUUACAUGGCGAUAUCUUCAAGUAUUGGCCUGACUUGGAAGAAGGAGCUCAUCACAAAGGCGAGCAGGUGAGGCGGGAGGUGGGCGCUGACGCCGGGGCGAAGAAGCACGAGGGAUCAGAGGAAACAGUGUUCUCCUCCACCCAGCAUCUCCGUAGUACUACUAGUAGUCCUCAGAGCUGCCUCUCGCUAGAUAGCUCAGCCUUGGAAGGAAAUCAUCACAAGGGGGAGAAGCACUUGAAGCAGGAGCUUAACCGCGAUGCUGGUGAGAAGAAGCGCGAGUGGCGCCUGAGCAAUGGACCCGAGGAGACGCCAUUCACAUUCGAGGUGGUCGCGCAGUACUUUUGCAUGCCUGUCAAGCAGGCGGCGGAAGAGCUCAAUGUUGGGCUGACGCACCUGAAGAAGAGGUGCCGGGAGGUCGGGAUCCCGCGAUGGCCGCACCGCAAGGUGAAGAGCCUGGAGACGCUCAUAAAAAAUGCUCAGGAGCUAGGGAUGCCUAAGAUCGAGGUGGAGAGGCUGCGUCAGAUGAAGAAGCUGAUCGAGGAGAGGCCUGGGCACGUUGAGCUGGAUCAGAAGACGAUGGUGUUGAGGCAGGCGUGCUUCAAGGAGAAGUUCAAGAGGAGGAGGCUCAUGGAAAUUCAGGGAUGAUGGGGAUGCAUCAGGAUUCAAGCUGAACCUGCUUGUUCAUGGGGAUUUUGUUGCUGGGUGUUUCGCAGGUUUGAUAAGGGAACUUUGUCUCUCGGUCUUUUGCAGGUUUGAUCAGGGAAAGUUUUGUCCGAUCAAACGUGUCGUCGGUAGCGUAGUCUGGUCACCUUUUUUGUGCUGGGUCUGACCAAGGCAGUAGGUAGGAGCUUUUGCUGUAUAUAUUUA